CACAUGAACGCGUCCUCAGAGAUCCUAGCGCCACUGUGACUUACCUCGAGGACCUGUGCUUAACCAUUAAAAGCUGGGAUUUCACGAGCUGAGACAGGAAGACUAAAGAUUACAAAUGAUGGCCGAUCACGGAGAACUCUGUGAUGUGAAGGAAGCCACCUACUGCAUGAAUGGAGGGACAUGCUAUAAAGUAUCUUCUGUGGAUUCACUCCUCUGUGUGUGCAGUGAAAAUUACAAAGGCAGCAGAUGCGAGCACUUCCAGCUCUUUAGCUCUUCCCCGAAUGCAAAGGAGGCAGGGUUAAUUGCAGCCGUGGUCGUCGUUGCCCUCCUCAUCUUAGUGGUGAUGGCAGUUGUUAUCUACUACGUACGCAAGAUGCUGAAAGCCAGGAAACAGAGCCAACAGAACAACCACCAAGAGUAUUGGAGAGUAAAACCAAGAGUAUGAUCUUUCCUUUCUGAUGUACAUUUGUUUACUCUUUUGUUUUUUUCUCUGUGUGUCAGAUGGGAUGAUAAAAUAAUUCUAAUAAGUGCCACUUGUCUUGUUGGAUGUUGACCGUUCUGGAUGUGACUAUGAAAGACAGACAGAGAAAAACCGCCGCCUUGACCUUAAAAGUAGGGAAGACUUGAUAGCUGAUUAACCCCCCCUCAUGAGAUGUCUAGAUUCCACGCUGAUCGCUCCGGAAAGGUGUAAUUCAUUAACACAAACACAAACAGGGUGUGAAACAAGUGUGAGUGGGUGAGAAUUGAAUCACACCUUGUGGAGUCGCUUUUUUUUUUUUGUAACACAGCUAUGAAGUUGGCAUUGUUGCUACUGGAGUUAAAUUACAUUUCAAUCUAUGUGCUGUGUCUGAAAUAUAUUUACAAAGUGUAGUUGAACCAUGUAAAUAAAAUAUAUGGAAUGAUCGGACUGUGUGAUUUCUGGUUCGUCGUUCUUUAACCUCUGCUGUUCUUCCGUAACCUCAACUUUUAGCUUUUUCUUUACUCAAUCCGGAAUCCGGUUUUAACCCCUGAACCAUAAUUGCCCCUGAAAGUCGUCCCAACUGGUCCCACUUUUCAACAACGUCUUCAACUCUGCAGCUUUUCAAACUGAAAUUAGCUCUCACAAAUCUGGACAUGCUACAACACACGCACCACAG